UCGUACGCAUUACAAAUAUUUGCUUGAGAUAAAACUAGCAUACUUUAAUAGCUUCGAAAAAAAUAUUUAAGUAAAUGGAAGUUUGAUUUUCAGAAAUCAGCUGAUAUCAUAUUCCUAGCUCACAACCAUGAAGAAAUUGUUCGUAACAAGUUUUCUGUUACCAUUUCUGACUUUUGGAGAACAAAUUAACAGUCCUGAGGAUGUAAAUGCAAAAUAAAAUGUUCUUGAACACACUUUAAGCGAUCUAGUGGAUUUUGUCUGCAUUCAGAUAAAACGUAAUGAAGAUUUAGAACUCAGGAUUCUACAGAACCAAAAAGAAUUCGAGCAAAUGAAGGAUCGGUAUAGUGGAACAAUAAAAACUUUGGAAACUCGUAUAUACGUAAACUUGAGGAUAUUACAAAGACUCAAGUUCGUGAUCUUACGACACGGAGAAAAAAUACAGUAGGAGAAAAGAGGUUUGUUACCCAUUUAAAACGCCGAAUUACAAAUGUGGAAAAAGUCCAUGUACCACAGUUUGAAAAUCCAUGUGACCCCGAAAAUAGUUCCCAUGUAAAUGUUGCCAGUGGAAAAGCAUUAUUGAUGGAUAAAAUCAACCCUGAGAGAAUUCAGAGUAAGAGAAAUCUUAGAGAGCGAUCUGUCACUCAAAGAUCAAAUGAAACUGGUAUUAUUGCAUUCUAUGCAUAUAUGUCUUCGAUGGUUGGGAACCCUAGUACACGCCUAGUAUUGGUCUUUGAUGUAGUUCGAACCAACAUUGGAAAUGCAUACCAUGCUUCAACUGGGGUCUUUAUUGUUCCUGAAUCUGGAGUCUAUGUGUUUACCUGGACAUUUCGAUCAGGGAAUGGUGAUGGCCACUCAGUUCAACUAAUGAUAAAUACAGUAGAAUAUGGUUCUGUUUAUCAUCGCACACUGAGAGCUGUAGAAGCAGAAGAAACAGGAAUAGUUGUUGCGCAGGUAACUACCGGAGACGAUGUUUAUGUGAGGAUAAAAUCCAUAUAUCGUCUAGGGAUAGCACACUAUAUCCAAAGCGAUUCCGAUGGGAGAACAUCUUUUGCAGGAUGGAAGCUGUAAAGUAGAUGUAUGUCUGCAUCAGUUAAUGAAGAAUACCAUUCAUUAAUUUUUGAAUUUAUAAACUGCUCUCAUUUUUUUAAUUGCAAAGACAAUUUACACACAAAAAUGGAAAUUUGUAGAUGUUACCUGCACUGAAAAUGCAGAAUUUUGUAAAACCGAAGUACAUAUUA